CUCCCACCGAAGCUCCCACUACAGCUGCCCCCCCACCUUCGGCACCUUCAUGGGGUUACGAGGGCGAAGGAGGUCCCGAGAAUUGGGCGACGCUGUUUCCCAAUUACUGUGCUGGCAACAGUCAGUCCCCGAUCGCCCUGAAUGGACUCGAAGCCACUGCCAAGAGUUCCUCCGACGCCUGGGUGCUGGACAAAUACGACACCAUUCCCAUUGAUCUCAAGAUUGAAAACAAUGGACACUCAGCCAACGUUGCGUGGAACAUCACAGACGUCGCGGAGCUUCCCUCGGUCAGCGGCGGAGAGUUGGGCGGAAAAUACACUUUCGCUCAGUUUCAUUUCCACUGGGGCAGCGUCAGCACGCAGGGAUCUGAGCACACCAUCAAUGGCAUCGCAUACGCUGCCGAGCUUCAUCUGGUGCACUUCAAGACUGAGUACGGUUCCCUUGGCAACGCGAUUCAGUACGACGACGGUCUUGCUGUGUUGGGCAUUAUGCUCCUGGGCGGUCUGAUCGACAACCCCAAUCUCACACCAAUCAUCGACGGGCUCGCUACCAUCCGAAAUUCAGGCGACGAAGAACACCUGGAAACAUUGUUCCCUCUCCAAAACCUCAUGCCGGCGGACACCAACACCUUCUACAGGUAUUCAGGCUCCUUGACGACGCCCACCUGUAACGAGAUCGUCACUUGGACUGUCUUCCAAGACGUCAUAACCAUUUCCGAGAACCAGCUUGAGGAAUUCCGCAAGCUUCUCGGAGACGACGGAGAGCACCACAUUGUCGACAACUACCGCCCUGUCCAGCCCCUCAAAGGCCGCACGGUCGAGAAGAUCACCUUGUCUUAAUUCCUCCUAAUGUUCACCGGCCAAGAAUGGAAUGAGAGACGGAGAGAGUGAGAAAGAAGCAGUCUAGUAAUACCUUUAUGUGUAGAUGUUAGUUUUAGGUUAGUAUAGGUGUGUCUUCCUUUUUUCUGGUAUAUUCUUCUAUUUUAUGGUUCACGAUUUGUGCAACAGCACAGAUCGAUAA